UUAUCUUGAGAGACACUCAAAAGUCUCGUGUAACAGCUACAAGACCUUGCUUCUUCUCCCCUCUUUAUUUCCUUCAGGUAAAGCCCCAUUCUCUCUUCUCCCCCAAAAAACCAUAAUCUAGAGAGAGAGAGAGAGAUGGGAUCCGAGGCAGAACUCGAGGCAUGUUCCUUACCAAAGCUUGCACUGUUCUCAAUCCCACCGAUGCAGUCACCUGUGCACUCUGGUAUGCUAACACCACCACUCCACACCUCAGCUUCGGUUCCAUUCCGGUGGGAAGAAGAGCCUGGUAAGCCACGACCCUGCACAGCUCUCAUCACCCUCCCACCCAACAACAAUGGACCCAAGUGCUUAGAGCUACCUCCAAGACUGUUAAUGGAGUCUAAGAUUACCAAAACACCCUCACCCACCACUGUCCUUGACGGUCCUGAUGAGGACAAGUCUAUAUUCUCUUCAUCUUCAUUCAGAUUCAUAAGAAAGUUUGAGGGGUCAUUUAAUAGUACUGUUUCGAGUCCUGAGAGAGGGCAGCUUGGGACAAUUGUUCUUGGAAAGAGAUCAGGAAACAAGACGAGAAGGGGGUUCUUUGGGUCUUGGAGGCUAAAGACCCUUAAGGGUAGUAGUGGUAACAAACAUGUUGGUGGGGAUAGUUUCGUCUUUCCAUCUUCCAUUGACGUAGCAGAUCAUUGCAAUAUUGAUGAUGAUCAGUGUGGCAGUACUACAAGGGUGAAGAGGGCAAGGAUUAGAAGCAAUGGAAGCUUUUCCACUCUCUCUCAAGCAAGGUCUCAUUUCUGGGAAGCUGUAUACGAGGGCUUCAAGAAAGCGAUUCCAUGGAGUAGAAAAUCGAAGAAAGAUGGGCUCAUCAUAUAAAGACAGCUUAGUUUGUUUUAAGCAGUCCUCUUGAAGCUUUUGUAUGAUAAGACAGACUCCAAUGCAAACUUGCAUGGCUUGAUUUUGCUGAGUUUCAGCAUGUAUUUCUAUAAUAGUAGUAGUUAUUCUCUUUUCUCCUAUGUAUGCACUACAAUGCUAAAGCUUGAAUAUAAGAAUCAAAUUCAGUUUAUGUAUGGUCC